CUCCAUCAGCCUCCAGGCCGGGCGGAGGAACCGAAUGCGGAGGGGAGGGCCGGGGGCAGAGGUGGGCUCAGCUGCGCCUCCUCUAGGCCAGGGCCCUCCGCAGGCAAGCCGGGCUGCGGUUUCCUUCUCCGCCCCCGAGCCCUCCUCCUUUGCAGCCCCACCCACCGGGAAGCUACUACAGCGCCUGCGUCAAUUCUGCCCUGCCUAGUUCCCCGGCUACUGACCGGAUGUUAGCCGAUUUCCCAUAGUGCCUUGCGAGUGGCGGGCAUGAGAGUAAACUACAGAGGGUCACCAGCGGGUUCUGUUCGUCAUUGUUGGAGUUCUGUUGUGCCGCGGGGGUGUAGGAGGGUGGCGCCUGGUCGCUGCCUUGUAAGUUGGUGCAAUGGCGCUUUUCCGGGGCGUGUGGAGCGUGCUGAGUGCACUGGGAAAGUCCGGAGCGGACCUCUGCGCGGGCUGUGGAAGUCGACUGCGCUCUCCCUUCAGUUUUGCAUAUGUACCGAGAUGUUUUUCAUCCACCGUGAAUAGUUAUCCAAAGAAGCCUCUGACUUCAUACGUUCGAUUUUCUAAAGAACAGCUACCCAUAUUUAAAGCUCAGAACCCAGAUGCGAAAAAUUCAGAACUAAUUAGAAAAAUUGCCCAGCUAUGGAGGGAACUUCCUGAUUCAGAGAAAAAAAUAUAUGAAGAUGCUUACAGGGCAGACUGGCAGGCAUACAAAGAAGAGAUAAACAGAAUUCAAGAACAGUUAACUCCAAGUCAGAUUGUAUCUUUGGAAAAAGAAAUCCAGCAAAAACGUUUAAAAAAGAAAGCAUUAAUAAAAAAGAGAGAGUUAACAAUGCUUGGAAAACCGAAAAGACCUCGCUCAGCUUACAACAUUUAUAUAGCUGAAAGGUUCCAGGAACAUAAGGAUGGUACAUCACAGGUAAAGCUGAAGACUAUAAAUGAAAACUGGAAAAAUCUCUCCAGUUCUCAAAAGCAAGUGUAUAUUCAACUUGCUAAUGAUGAUAAAAUUCGUUAUUAUAAUGAAAUGAAAUCUUGGGAAGAACAGAUGCUUGAAGUUGGACGAAAUGAUCUUCUACGUCGCACAGUAAAGCACCAAGCAAAAAAUGGCAUUGAAGAGUAUUAAAAUAGAAGAUUGAGUUAUGUUCAUAAUGGAUAGACACAAGAAACCAGUUAGGUCUCCAUAUCUGAUGCUGUUGAAAAUUAGAAAGGAUAAAGUUGGUGAACAUUUUAUAUUUAAUUCCUUUUUCUUUAGCCCAUGGACUUCUGCCAGUUCAAUACAUUUUGUAUUAGUAUUUUGCUUUGGAAAACCCAAACAGAUAAAAAGUUCAUGUGAAAUUUACUUUGUGUUAAGGAACUACUGAGAAUCACAAUAAUCCAUGAAAUGCAGUAGUGAAUCAUUUUACCUUCGAUAAAGGUAAAUCAGACUGUGAAGUUUUUCUUACUUGAUGACUGGAAAGAGUAUUCUUGUUUCCUUAUAUAUAUAUGGAGGCAGGAGUUUCAUAUUCAAAAGUGCCCCAAAUUGUAGAAGUCAUGGUGUUUUAUGAUACAGUUGUACAUGUUUAAAAGAGGGGUGCCUGGGUGGCUCAGUCGGUUUUACAUCUGAUCUUGGUUUCGGCUCGGAUCAUGGUCUCACAGUUCAUGAGUUUGAGCCCUGCAUCCGGCUUUGCUCUGAUGGUGUGGAGCCUGUUUGGGAUUCUCGCCCUCCCUCCCCCCCCCCCCCGCCCCCGCCCUUCCCUCACCUGUUCUCUCUCUCUGACCCUCCCCGCUUGUACCCUCUCUCUUUCUCUCUCUCUCAAAAUAAAAGAGCACCCAGUACUCAUCUAUGUAAAUGCCAAUUCCUAGGUAUAAUUCAUAUAUUCAGAAUUGAUAGUUGUACUUGCAAGGAAUUGCUGGUUUCAGUUGCAACUUUUUAUAAAAGGGAUGGAGAGAUUUAUAAACGUUUUCCUUAUUGCCUUGUUUCCUAAAGUAAAAACCAAGAAAUUGUGUACCAAAUCUAUGCAUAUUGUUUUAUAUUGCAUAGAAUAAAAAUUUUAAAUGUUUCCUAAUUAUAUGUUUUAGGGUGAAAGAUUCAUUUUGCAAAAAUUUUUCCUGUCUUCUUUUUUAAGUAGGGAUAUGUAUUCUGAAUUAUUUUCUCUGUCUCACAUGAGUGUAUUUAUCCAGGAAGUAGACAACUUGUCUAGUAUAAGUUUUAAAAUGAGAGAUCUAAAAAACAAAAGUCUCCAGUGUCUUUAGACUUGGAAUUUAAACAUUUUGUGUAACAUAUAAAAGCCCAUAUAAGGUAUAGCCAACUCUGGUCUGUGGGCCAAAUCCAGCCCAAUGCCUGCUUUUCAUGGCCUGUGGGCUAAGGAUUGUGUUUACAGUUUUAAGUGGUUAAAAACAAUUUUUCAAAACACACAAAAAUUAAAAGAGAUUUGGUGUCCAUAAAUGAAAUUUUAUUGGAACACAGUUGUACUUACUCUUUUCCUCAUGGUUUAUGGCUACUUUUGUGGAACAGUGUUGAAUAGUUAUUUCAGAGACUGUGUAGCCUGCCUAAAGCCUGCCUAAAAUAUUUACUAUCUGACCCUUUACAAAGAAAGUUUGUCAACCUGUGACCUUUAGUAUAGACUAGUGUGACUAGUGUUCUAUGUGUAAACUACUAGUGUCCAGUGUAUAAUUGUUAGUAAUAGUUCUAUAAAACUCUUUUCAGAGGUUGUUUUAGAAUCUUUGUCACCAUUAUCUUAAGAGGAAAGAAGUCAAAUCACUGAAGAAGCUAAGCAAAGUUGCUCCACAGUGUUAGCAAGGAAAAUACUCUUUAGUUUCAAAUUAUAUCAGUAUAAUAAAAAAGGUCCAUAUAGUGUGGGAUGAGAUUCUUUUAAAUUAUUUGUUAUGGCUUAGUAAAAGCUUCAUGAGCUUUCCAGUUAGUAUAUACCACAUACCUUAUCAACUUUUAGCAUUUGUUUAUCCUCUCUGGGGAGUCAAGCAAAGGUUUUCAAAAUCUAUACCACCUUUUGAUAAAAUCAUUCAUCUUUCACCAUCAGUUCACAGGAACAGGAUAACUCAAAAUUUAUAUGCACUUAAUUUUAUGCUAAAUAUGGAGAAAAAUUGUAGCUUCUAAAUCUCCAGAAAAACUCUGAAGAUUUUUGUAGUUUCUAUAUAGAAAAUCAGUACAAAGUCAUGAAAAGAUAACUUGUAUAUAAUAAGCUUGACAAAAGUAGGUACUGAAGAGAAAAAUAGAACUUAAGAGGAAGAAUAAGAUUUAAACAUAUAAAGUUGGGUGUUUUCAAAGUUUUCCCUGUGGUUACAAAUACAGGAUGGUCUGCCAUUAGUUAAAUGGAUAUGCCAUGAAAAAAAAAUAGAUACAGCGUGAUUCUGAGGCUAGAAGGAUUUGGGGAAAGAAGAGGAGGUACACUACUAGUGUCUAUCAGUCUCUAUUAUUAGGGUUUCCAGGAAAGAAUUAAGCCCUCAUUCCCUGGGGCAUCUAGAAAGGUACUGAUUAUGUACCAUCUUGAGAAUGGAGAAAGUCAUCAGUGAAAUAAUUUACUGUGUUCUGUGCUUCACAUGAGCCCAAGGAGCACAUACGAGUCCGUGUUGAUAGUACAAUAUUCAUUGUAGAAUGGGUAAGAUAGAGAAAUGAAUUUUGUAAAUAUCUGCCUGGACAAAUGUAGUACAAAACAUAUCUUCACAAUUACCUUCUGGGUGCUUUUAACAUUUAACUACCUACGUAUGGUAUUUUAUACAGAACACAUUCAAAUCAUAUCUUUCCAAGUAUAUUGGGAAAUCCAGUAUCCGGUAAGUUCUCAAGUAGUUACACUCUCAUAUUGGAAAAAGAAGUAUGAAACAGUGGCUAGAGCCGAACCACAUUAUGAUAAUACUUUAUUGGGUAUUGAUAAAGUUGGGUAUCAUUAUAAAAUAAUGAUAAUUUAUUGGGUUUUCUUCAUUUCUAAAAGAAUGUUACUGUUAAUACUUUAAAUAUUGGAAUAUCUGAGUCCACACCUUAAUAAACUUCAGUACAUGCAGAAGACUGGAAUGCCAUAUACCAAAUGCAAUCUAGAUUCACAGUAUACACAGUUUCUGUUAUAACUUUUAAUUUUUUUUUUUAUUUUUAGAGAAGGAGAGAGCAAGUGGGGGAGGGGGAGAGAAAGAGGGACAGAGGAUCCGAAGUGGGCUCUUUGCUCACAGCAGACAGCCCCAUGCGGGUCUCAAGCUCACAAACCGUGAGAUCAUGCGUGACCUGAGUUGAAGUCGGGCGCUUAACCAACUGAGCGACCCAAGUGCCCCACAAAGUUUCUAUUAUAAAGAACAGGCUCUUACUGGUCAAUAACCAGUGGCCACUCAUAAAAAGCCUUACUUUUGGGGCUUUUCUUAAGUUGCCCUAACAAAGUAUUUGCUGUAGGAGGUACAGAAAGUGCUAGAGGGAAAGAUGCUGAAGAAAUGAAACAAAGUAGUGUUCAUGCUGUUCUAAGCAGUUAGUCAUAAAGAGAUUUUUGUACUUUUGUUCAUUGGAGUACCAAUGUUGGGUUCUUGAAAUAAUUUGAUGACAGGAGAGGGGGCGGUGUGAUUACUUUCUGACAUUUACUUAAAGGAUAUUGUGUGCACAUUCAGCCUACUGUAAUUGUGUAGUUUUGCUAUUGUUUUUGGCUAACUCCUUUUUUGGAAAUGCCAUUUUAGAAGAUAAGCCAUAUGUUUUUAUAAUGGCUCUAAAUGUGUAUAUUUAAUUUGUAAAUUAAAAAGGUAUUACUAUAAGUGGAUUUAAA